UCUAUAUGGCCGUGGUACAUUGUCAAAGGGCACACCAAUAUCAGGCAAUGCAUUAUUAGAAACAACAGCCAAAUAAUGGAAGAUAAUUUGGGUACUCAAUUUUGCAAGCGGAACAUAGUAGUCAUUUUGAUUAUUUGUAUAGCUGUCGUAGCGUUAAUCGUCAUUUUAGUUACUGUAUUAGUCUUGACAACCGGACAUGCCGAAAGAGAAUUGACUGAGUGCUAUCUUGAGCUUGAUGGCAGUGACUACCGUGGAAUUGUUAACACAACAAUAGAUGGUAACGCUUGUCAGGUGUGGACGUCUUCCCAAUAUUACAUCCCGGAUGUUUGGUACGAAUUUGGCGUUGAUGAUCACAAUUUCUGUCGAAAUCCCGAUGGGGACGUAGGUGUAUGGUGUUAUACAUCGAACCCAAACGUUCGUUGGCAGUAUUGCGACAUCGGUAGCCCUCGUGAAGAUUGUAGUGUAACAACCACGGCAAGAACUACUGUCACAUUAUUUAGUACUCAAAUAAGCACGAAUGAGCCAGACAAAGUUACCGAAGAAGCAACAACAAUAACAAUAACUAAUGUUACAUCAAUAAUAACAACUGGCACAGAAGCACACGUGUCUGUCACAGUUUCUGACGAUACGACAACACUCUUCACAAACACAGGGGAGAUAAGUACGACCACUGGCCUAACGCAAAAUUCAACUACGGAGGUGAUACAAGAUACAACAACUCUCUCCACGAACCCAGAAGAUAUCUCGACAACCACUUACCGAACGCAAUGGUUUACUACUGAAGUGAAUCAAGUGCCGAAUCCACAAGAGUGUUACGAACAUUUUGACGGGAGCGACUAUGAUGGAACGGUCAGUUCCACAAUAGGAGGACAUACUUGUGAGGUAUGGACGUUCACUGAAUAUUAUGACGUUGGAGAUCACAACUAUUGUCGCAAUCCCGAUGGCGAUAGUGGCGUAUGGUGUUUUACAACAAGUCCUGGAGUGCAAUGGGAUUACUGUGACAUUGGUGAUCCUAGUGGAAUUUGCAUUUAA